AUGUUCCAAGCUCUGGCAACUAUUAGAAACCCAAGUACCUUUGAACAUAUUUUUAAUGAUGUCAUGGUCAACAUUUAUAUGAAUAAGUACGUAAACUUUUUGGAGAUCAGUGAUAAAGGUGCUCCACAAAAUGUGACAACGAAAUUGUUGACAACAUAUUCUGAGUUUGAAACAAUCACCUGGCUGAAUUCCGAUCUAACGUCUUCAACCGCAAUAACAUCUGAAAAUAUACUAUUUGUUACGGGAACCGCAGAAAAUACGCAGACAACCACGACAAUAAGUUCAAUAUUUUCUGAAUCUGAGACGACAGUUUCAAACUCUCAAGGUGCAUCACUAACUUUAGCAGUUUCCGGAUCUAACACAGCAAAUUCUACCUUUCAAGAUGGAACAACCGUCCCAACAGCUCUUGGAAGUGAGACACCGACUCCAACAAUUUCUGAAUUCGAAACAACAGUUACAAUGACUCCUGGAAGUGAAACAUCAACUCGAAUUAAUCCUGAUUCUGAAUCAACUGUUUUGACAACUCCUGGAAUUGAAACACCGACUGAAACAAUUUCUGGCCUUGAAACAACAAUUACAACAACUUCUGGAAGUGAAACUUCAUCCGUAGUUACUUCCGAACACGAAACAUCACUUAUAACAACCCCUGGAAGUGGAACAUCAGACUUAGCUACUCCUGAAUCUGAAACGACAGCUGCAACAACUAUCAGCAGUGAAACAUCAACUCGAAUUAAUUCAGAUUCUGAAUCAACUGCUCCGACAACUCCUGGGAUUGAAACACCAACUGAAGCAAUUUCUGGCCUUGAAACAACAAUUACAACAACUUCUGGAAGUGAAACUUCAACCGUAGUUACUUCCGAACACGAGGCAUCACUUAUAACAACUCUUGGAAGUGGAACAUCAGACUUAGCUACUCCUGAGUCUGAAACGACAACUGCAGCAACUAUCAGCAGUGAAACAUCAACUUCAACCGCAAUCGAAUCGGAAACAACAGUAGUAACAAAUGUCGCAGACGAAACAACAAUUCCAAUAAUUCCAAACCCUGAAACAACAGUUACAACAACUGUUGAGAGU